AAUAUGCUGCGUUGAUGUGCUCUAGGCUUGUGAACUGUUGUUACUGUAGCAGUUCUAAUUCAUUGACUGAAUCACAUGGCAAUGACUAGAACUGGAGUAAUGAGCGGCCACGAGCUCAAAGAUCCGCUGUUUACAUCGCAAAACCUCACACAAUGUAACCGACCAUGAGAUCGAAUUGUGGAUAAUUCAUUUUCCAACAUCGAUCGCCUUGGAUUGAUCGAUCCGCGUCUCUUAUACGGCUACCAUGGGAAGCCUCUUCCGAAGUGAAGAGAUGUGUCUGGUCCAGCUUUUCCUUCAGGCAGGUUCGGCUUACAACUGCGUCAGUGAGCUUGGGGAGUUGGGCCUAGUCGAAUUCAGAGAUCUGAACCCAAAUGUGAAUGCCUUUCAGAGGAAGUUUGUUUCAGAAGUGAGAAGAUGCGAGGAGCUGGAGAAAACGUUCAAAUAUCUGGAGCAAGAGGUCAGUCGUUCCCUCUAUCCUCCUCUUAAAGGGCUUCUACCCAUGGCCACGCCAAUCCCAUCAGCCCCACAGCCAAGAGAGCUGCUCUCCAUUGAGGAGGAGAGCGAGAGACUUGCCAGAGAACUCAAAGAGGUGUCAAGGAACAGGGAUAGUCUACGUAACCAGCUGAUCCAGCUCAGCCAGUACAGAGGGGUCCUGAAGCAGAGCAUUUUACUACCAACCUCACAGGUUCCACCUCCAACUCUUGAGACCACAGCGCUAUUGGACAGCAGACAAGAUAUGCGCUUGAGCUUUGUCGCUGGCGUGGUUCAUCCAUGGAAGGUUCCGUCGUUUGAGCGGCUGCUAUGGCGGGCCUGUCAUGGUUAUAUCAUUGUAGACUUCUGGGAGAUGGAGGAGAGGCUGGAAGUGCCAGACACUGGAGAGAUGGUUCAGUGGACUGUCUUUGUGAUCUCUUUUUGGGGAGAGCAGAUUGGACAGAAAGUAAAGAAGAUCUGUGAUUGUUUCCACACACACACCUUUGUGUAUCCCGAGGGCUUGGAGGAGAGAGAAGUUAUACUUCAGGGCCUGGAAAGCAGGAUAGUAGAUAUCAAAACGGUGCUGUCUCAGACGGAGCAGUAUAUGCAGCAGCUGCUGUCCCGCUGCGUGUGUCAGGUGCCACAGUGGAAGACACGAGUGCAGAAGUGUAAAGCCGUUCAGACGGUCCUCAACCUCUGCAGCCCUUCAGUCACUGACAAGUGUCUCAUCGCAGAAGCCUGGUGCCCUGUGGCCAAACUGCUUCUGCUCCAGAGCGCUCUGAUAGAAGGAACGAGAAAAAGCGGUAGCAGUGUAGACUCCUUCUACAAUCGUUUACCUCCACCCACAUCUCCUCCAACACUCUAUAACACCAACGCAUUCACGUCCAGCUUCCAGAACAUUGUGGAUGCUUAUGGUGUGGCCAGUUACAGAGAGGUUAAUCCAGCUGUGUACACCAUCAUUACUUUUCCCUUCCUGUUUGCGGUGAUGUUUGGAGACGUUGGUCAUGGUUUACUCAUGAUAAUGGCUGCCCUGUGGAUGUUUCUGGAGGAGAGAGACCCUAAGAUGAGGAAUAGCACUAAUGAGAUUUGGCGCAUGAUGUUUGGUGGGAGGUAUCUGAUCCUUCUGAUGGGUUUGUUCUCCAUCUACACUGGUGCUGUUUAUAAUGAGUGCUUCAGUAAGGGACUCAGUCCUUUUUCCUCUAGCUGGCACCUCAAACCCAUGAUUCAGCACUAUAACUGGAGUGAUGAAACUCUGAGGAGCAACCAGUACCUCACUUUGGAUCCAAACGUAACUGGAGUAUUCCAGGGACCAUAUCCAUUCGGCAUUGACCCGAUCUGGAGCCUUGCCAGUAACCACCUCACCUUCCUCAAUUCCUAUAAGAUGAAGAUGUCCGUCAUCAUCGGGGUCAUCCAUAUGACUUUUGGGAUCUGCUUAUCCUUCUUUAACUACAUGUACACAGGGGAUGUGAGCAGCAUGUUUCUGGUGUUGAUUCCAGAGCUAGUGUUCAUGCUGUGUCUGUUUGGGUACCUUGUCUUCAUGGUGGUGUUUAAAUGGAUUGCGUUUGGACCUCAGGAUUCAGACCGUGCUCCCAGCAUCCUGAUCCACUUCAUUGACAUGUUCGUGUUUGGUGAGAACCCAGACAACCCACCACUUUAUCCAGGACAGGUGACAGUGCAGAGAGUAUUAUUGUGUUUGGCGCUGCUAGCAGUUCCGGUGCUGUUACUUGGAAAACCGCUUUACCUGUACUUCAAAUACAGGAAUAACAGAAGAACGUUACAGGAGGAGCAGCACCCGCUAGUCACAGACACCAGCUCUAUAAAUGCUCAACUGGGAGACCUAGAGGGAGGAGGGGGAACAGAGGAACAGGACUUUGAUUGGACAGAGGUUUUUAUGCACCAGGCCAUCCACACCAUAGAGUACUGCCUGGGCUGCAUCUCCAACACUGCAUCGUACCUUCGACUUUGGGCCCUCAGCCUCGCGCAUGCACAGCUGUCGGAGGUUCUCUGGGUGAUGGUGAUGAGAAUUUCACUCUCGUGGCAAGGCUAUGUGGGAUCAGUGGUGCUGUCAAUCAUCUUCUCCAUCUUCGCCAUGCUCACUGUCUCUAUCUUGCUCGUCAUGGAGGGGCUGUCAGCCUUCCUGCACGCCCUCCGUCUGCACUGGGUGGAGUUUCAGAACAAGUUCUACUGCGGAUCUGGAUACAAAUUCAACCCUUUCUCCUUUGCCACAAUUCAGCAUCUAGAGGAAAUGUAAAUAUUCCCUGUAAGAAUGGUUUUAUACUUCAUUUUGGAACUGAAUGGUUUAUCACAUAAGUAUAAAAGGUGAUCUUCUCACCCUCAUGUUGUUCCAAUUAUGCUUUUGUUUUAUGGAAAACAAACUUUGGAAGAAUGUUCCCUGGACUCUUUUUAAUUCAAUGCCAGCAUGUCAGGGGCAGACAUGCUCCAACAUUUUCAUUCUUGGGUGAAAUCCUUCACCAAACGUGUGUCUCAAGGUUUGAUUUAAGCAUUCAUUUAAUCUUAAUGAUGAGAACAUGAUGUAUGAAUAACAAAAUGCAGAGUAAUAAAGGUUUUUGUUACUAAGAAAUAACAAUAUUUACAUUUCUCAAGAUCGUGGUUAUUCACAACCCCUUCACAUCAAGUUUUACCUUUUUUACUUUGUCUAAAUGCAAAAGAAAACUCCAGAAUAAAGUAAAACAAAAUGCACCCUUGCCUUUGAAGGUGCUGUGCAGAGUUAACAUUAAGACAUUAGAAGGAUCCUAUUGAGGGAAAAUAUGUGAAUAUUUAAAAUCUGUACAUGCUCACUGAGCAAAGAAAUUAAAUACCCAAGAGCUAAAAAGUAAUAUAUUAGCCAUAUAUCAACUAUACAUAAACUGCGAGAUAAAAGUUUGUACAUUGAAUGGCCAUUUUGUGCAAAUCUUAAUUGUACAGAAAAAUCCAAAAGUCUAUGUUGACCAGUGAAAAUUAUUUCAUUUUCUUUCCUUAAUACAAAAUCGUGUAUGCUUCAAAUGGAGGCAAGGAAAUCUGCCCUUUUGUACAAAGAUGUCUCACGGUCAAUUUGAUUUGUGACCUAGAACUGAAACUACACACGCAUUUUAUAUCAUAUCCCCUAUAUUAACAGGAAUAAAACAAGAUGUUCAACAUGGUUUCAGACUUUUGGACCCCAUUGUAGAUCAGCCACCCCGUUCUCUGGCCAUUAAAAAUCCAAAUCAGUUGACCAAUACUAAAUAUUGAAAGAAAUGUCAUAUUUGAAUUACUUACUUUUUGAUAGGCUAAUUAUUUUUUUCAUAUUUGAAGGCUUUCUAUCCUGAUAAUAAACUUUACGCAUCAGUGAAAAUGAGAUCUAAGCUUGAUACAUUAAUGAAUGAUGUAACAAUUAUGCAUUCUGAUGAAAGGCAGUAUAAACAAAAAUCAAACACGUUGUUUGCGUUCCACUUUUUAUUUUUCCAUCUUUUUCAUGAAAAAACUUGAACUAAACGAACAUCAAUAAAAAAAAAAGUCCUCAGAAAAUAAUUGCUAUUGUGUUGCUACAAGUUGCACUUAAAUUAUAGCUUUCCAAGGGUAAAUGAACAUUUUAGCCUAAUCUGUGAGCAACCCUUCCCAGGACAGGAGAAUGCAGGCGAAUUGGCCAUUUGAGAUGACAGCAAGCGGAACAACAAACCAUCAGAUGAAGGAAAACAAAUAAAGAGUGAUUUUAGUUUGGUA